AUGAAAGAAAGAAAAUCGAAUAAAAAAGGUCUAAUAAAGAAACUGAAGGCUGAGGCUCUGAAUCAUACUACAUCUGGAUUAGAAUGCGAAUUUCAAAACCCAGUAGCUUCACUAGAACCUAUUAUGAAUCAAAAACCAGAAUUCGACUCUACGUCUAAGUCAGGUGGAGAAAAAGUAACUAUUUUAUCUGAAAUAAAAUUCGGUCCAUAUAAUCGUGCUUACACUGAUUUGAAAAAAAGUAAUUUGCAAUUGCAUGUAAUAUAUAAAACUCACGAUAUAUAUUCAACAUUAUCACACACACCGAAACGGUCUUAUUUCAAACCAGAAAUUGAUUUAAAAUUAUUUGGCUAUUACAACCCGGUCAACCCGGUAGCAUCGACUUCCACAGGAAAAGUUGAUUUGACUUUAUCUAAUAUCAGAAAGAGAAAACUUGAGGGUCGCCGGAGAACAUUUAAAUUUGAGGAUAUUGAUUACUCAAAGUACAAUGUCCAAUAA